CUUUCAACUGAAAUUGACCCAUGGCAGAAAUAGUAAUAAUAGAAAAGUCGUAAAGUUGCCUCUCUUCUUUUAUUUCUUCCACUCUGAAGUCUGAACUAAAACCUUUGCUUUGCUUUACGCUCUCAAUUACAGAACAACAAGAAGAUGCAAACGCGAGGGAAUGAAACUCAUGGAGUUCACGUGUGUCACAAAUGUGGAUGGCCCUUUCCAAAUCCACAUCCAAGUGCUAAACACAGGCGUGCGCACAGGAAGGUUUGUGGAACUAUUGAAGGUUACAAGCUGAAUGAGUCGCAAGAUCUCAAUCUUUCUGAUGAAGAUAACCACUCUGAUGAAGAUCCAACUACCCCUAGUCCAAAACCUGUGGAGAGAAGCAUUGAUGAGAAGCACAGUAGUGGAAUUAGUAAAAGAUCGAAUAGAUUGGAAGAAGAAUUAUUUUCAGAUGCUGUGGAAGAAUUUAUUGAUAGUGGCUUAAGUCCGGGGCUUCAACAUAAUUUGGAGUUUGAAAGGAUGCUUGAUGAGAAAGAUCGUACUGUCUUCUUUUCUUUUAAGGACAGUGAAGUUACUGAUGUCAGUGAACCUCUAGGCAGUUCAACUGAUGGCAUCCAAACACAAAACCCUGAAGUUCCUGGAAAUACAGCUGAUCUUCUACAGGAUAAUCUCGCGCCCCAAGUUCGUGUGUCUAACACCAAUGAAGCUCCAGUUGUUAAUGUUACUGAUGAUCAAAAUCGGUUGUCUCAUCACUUGGUCCCCAUUAAACCUGAAUUACUAACAGAUGCUUCACAAGAGAUUAAGAUAAUUAAUGCUGGUGAAGAUUUGACUGAAGGCUUGAUGGCACAUGCUGAGCUAGAGGCCAAUGUGAAGGGAAUUGGUGAAAUCAGUUCAGAUGGGGAUUCAGUUCUCCUCUUUCCUGGUGAAUGUACAGGGCAAACAUUUGGCUUGGGGUCUAACCCUCAAGAGAAGGAGAUUACAGUGGAUGUAAUGCCAUCUGAUGGAAAUGUUUUUAUGAAGGAAGAGCAAGGUGCUGAGAUUGCUUCUGAUAUGUCCUUGAGUGAACCAACCACUGAAGUUGAUUCUUUUGAGCAUAUGGUUUCUAUUGAUACUGCUCAAGUUAAGGUUAGUGCUCAACAAAGACUAGACGUGGCAGCUUCAGACAAUUCAUGUAAGGGUUUGAAUGGAAGGGGAGAAGGGAAAGAAAAUGUGCACGAGCUUUCUGUACCAUCUGAUAUUCCUGAGGGAGACAAUGCGGAGGUGAAGCUCCAAGAAUUUAAAGAUUAUAAGGGAUUCAACUUUCUCCAGUCUGUAACAUCAGAUUUGGUUUCAAGUGAAAUAACUAAAGACAAGAAAGAUGAUGUUGAAGAUCCUCUUUCAGUGGAUAAUUGUACACACUUCUAUUUGUUACAGUCAAGUGAAGUCACCAAGGCAUCUGCUUCAGAGAUGAAUGUUUUUGAAGAUAACCUUUUGGUUGAAGGUAGAGUGCCAAUGAUAAAUAGCUUGUCUAGUGAUGGGAAAAGUGAUGAUCAUCACAAGAUGUUGAAUGAAGUGAAUCCUAUGAUUGCCUCUUUGGAUGCUAAUGCUGUGAGCAUGAAUGAUUCUGGUCAUCAUGAGAAGGGUAUUGCCAAAAUUGGUGAUGUAGCUGGAGAGGAAGAGAAUGAAAGACCAAGAGUAGCAAAUUAUGAGGAAAUUAGAGUAAAAACUUUUGAAGCAGCUACUAAUCUCCCUGAAUUCCAAGUCAAUCCAGCAACUAAGUUACAUGAAAAUGAUGAAGCUAGUGAUCAUGAGAAGGCUAUAGUUGAACAAUGUGAUGUAGUAGCAGUUGCUAGCAGGGGACAAUCUACAGGAGGAAAACACUUUUUGCAGACAGAAACAGCUUUUGAAUCUGGUAGCAUCCUUCAUGAAUCCCUUUGUGAUGCUCGUGAUGUGGUGAAUGUGUCUGAGACAAAGUUACCAGAAACCAAGUUCACAAACUUCGAUGCAGUUUCUACUACUAUGGAUGAUGUAGUGGCAGUUGCUAGCAGGGGACAAUCUACAGGAGGAAAACACUUUUUGCAGACAGAAACAGCUUUUGAAUCUGGUAGCAUCCUUCAUGAAUCCCUUUGUGAUGCUGGUGAUGUGGUGAAUGUGUCUGAGACAAAGUUGCUAGAAACCAAGUUCACAAACUUCGAUGCAGUUUCUACUACUACGGAUGUUGGAAAGCAACUUGAAAUUGAUGGCAAUGACAAAGCAGAGGGAGAGUGUGUUGCUGAACAUGGAAGAAAUCUUAUGAUAUUAGACAGAAAUUCAGAAGACCAUGCAAUGAAAGAUUCUCUUGUUUCUCCUUCAAAUACUGAAGUUUCCAUACAAAGUUCUGUUGCUUUUGCUGAUACCAAAAAGUUAGGUGCAGAAGAGUCUGAGACAAAUUUACUAGAAACCAAGUUCACAAACUUCGAUGCAGUUUCUACUACUACGGAUGUUGGAAAGCAACUUGAAAUUGAUGGCAAUGACAAAGCAAAGGGAGAGUGUGUUGCUGAACAUGGAAGAAAUCUUAUGAUAUUAGACAGAAAUUCAGAAGACCAUGCAAUGAAAGAUUCUCUUGUUUCUCCUUCAAAUACUGAAGUUUCUAUACAAAGUUCUGUUGCUUUUGCUGAUACCAAAAAGUUAGGUGCAGAAGAUUCUGGUAUUAAUCAGUCUUUGCAAAAAGAAACUGAUAAUAAUAAUCCUGUAAAACAUCAGCUUGGUGCAUCUGUCAUUGAUGUUUCAGUUGAUUCAUUGAGCCAAACUGAUAGUCUGGAAGGUAACUGGGGUUCAAUUUCAGUGCUUUCAACACAAUCAGAUACAGUGCCCAUUAUUGAUUCUGAAACAUUAGCGUCAACUGAUUACCCAGCAUCAAAAGCAGCUGAGGAAACCAACUCAAAGAACCCAGAAGGUGUAACCGAGAGACAACAUUCUCAAAAAUCAGACAUUUUUGAGGCGCCAUCUUUCAUGACAUUGGUUGAACCUGGAGGUGGGGUUCACCAGAAAGGUUCUGCUUCUGCUAGCAUGACAUCAGAGAAUACACAGCAGCAAAAAGUUCCAUCUUCACAAGCUGGUUGGUUUCCAUCUCUCACAAAUGUUGUGAAUGAGUCUCAAGGGAGAAAGAAGAAUGAAGAAAUUAUUGCCAAGGUCACAAACUGGAGUACUGGAAAGCAACAUACUCCUUUGAAGAACCUUCUGAGUGAAGCCAAUCAUAAAACCAAACCAAAGUCUCCUAACCCUAGGGAAAAUAGAACUCCUGUUCUUCAAAAAGAUGAAACCACAACAGAAGAUAAUGGUGCUCUUGCUCCAACAGUGAGCUCAAUUGUGAACCCUGGAGUAUCCGCAAGUGAACCUGCAAAGAGGGAUACUGGGAAGGAAUAUAAUUCUCACGCAAGUUAUAAUGCAGAUAUUAAGAGAGAGAAGAGGAAAGUGAAGGGGAGACCAUACUGGGCACAGUUUAUGUGUUGCUCAUCUGUAAAUUAGGAUAUGCUUCGUGCCUAAAUCAUGUAAUGUAGGACAAACAAAAUAUUCAUGGUGUGAUUGUCAAAUGCACUAGUUUUGUGCGCUGGUGUUCUUUGGCUACUGUUACAUUAGCUGUAGUUUUGUACUUAACUAGGUUUCUGAGUACAUAUAUUGGUCUUAUUUGUUUCUGGGAUUUGCAUUAUGUGUUGAGUUCUGUUAAGUACAUUGCUACAACUGCAAUAUUGUGGUUCAUGUAAAAUUUAGUGAUUUGUUGAUGGAUCUAAAUAAUGUAUUUAGUCAA